CUUUGGGAACCGGCUCCCUUUGGCUGUUACGUCUGGAUUACGUCACUCGGAGAAAGAGUGGAACGGGGCGGCGUGAGGGGAACCAAUCAACGAGCGGCGGCCUGCCGGAAGAUCACGUCAUCAUUUUUGUUUGUACUUGGGGGACGGUAUAGCAAUUGAAGGAUGUUGCUGGUUUGAUAAAAAAACAUUGGUUUGUAUAGAACACUUGCAAAUAUAUUUUCAGUAAUAAAUGUGAGCUUGCGGCGCAGACCGCUACUGGGAGUUGUAAUUUUAUUUGUGUUGUUUUCUUAUUUAGUCGCUAGGUGGUGUGCCAUACGUUAUGCAAACAAGUUGCCUCGCUUUGUUUAUGUUUUGGACUUGCCAGUUUGCGCGCCGAAUCCGAAACGAUGUCCUCGCAGCAGGUUCGGCGGCUGGGUCCUCAUGUUUCAGAGAGGCAGCGCGAGAUACUGGUGUCAUUUGUUGAAGAGCACCCCUACCUUGCGAAGGCGUCGUGUGUGCUGGGUCAACAGCUGACGGCGGCGCGCAAGGAGGAGCUCUGGCAGCAAGUGACCGCCUUGCUGAACACUGAGGGCCCGGCAGUGAAAACUGCAUCCCAAUGGCGCGGCGUAUGGAAAAAGGAUGUCUAUAAGGCCCGCCGUGAUGCGGCCGCCUUGCACGCCGAAAGCAGAGGAACCGGAGGAGGCAGCCUGCCCGGACAGCGAGGGCGCAUCCUCUCCCUAGUUGGAAGGGCGAGCGCCAUCGGAGUGUAA